AUGCGCGAUGUUUACCAACAGCUUAUGUUUGGGAAUGGUUUUCUCACUAAUGUUCGACUUGAUGUUACUUCGAAGCAAAACUACAACACAUUACUGAUCAGCUUUCGACCUAGAAAAGCAGAUAUUGCGGAAACGACAAAACCGAAAUUGACUCCCAGCACUGUUACGAAUUUAAUUUUUGAUCGUAGGGAUAAUGAAUUUAAUUAG